CACAGAUUAACAACAAUAUGCCACCACCCAUAUUUUUAGAACAAAAGUUUAGGUCCAGUUUUUCUUUGUCUUCCUGUAAUAUUUUUCUUCGAUUAUAAACUUACUAUGGAUAUUGAAAAUUGUUUUAAAUAAAAUAAAAUCAGUGCCGUCGGAAAAAAUGUUAAAAUACUGCUGUUAGUAAAAAAAAUCCUCAAUAAUGAGUUUUUAAUGUUUUCUAAAUUACUUACACGACGAUUUAUCAAAUCCAUGAAAUUAAAUGAAUUUAUUGAACCUACCGUAUGGUCAUCAGGCAUUAACUCAUUAUCUUGUAACUAGGGUUAAAAUAUUAGAUCAAUUCGCUAGAGUGUACAAGGAAAAUACUAGUAUUUUAGUAAAUACAAAAUGUCUGAUGUCAUAACAACUCAACCCCAACGUACUUCAAAUGAUAAUUACGAUCCAGUGGAGACUGAUAAUCCGAUUAAGAAUGAGGAGAACGAUAACGAUUUUAAUACUGCCGACUCUGAAGAAAUGAAUCUCAACACCGAUGACGAAGAAGCAGCACAGAAAAAUAAAAAGAGACCUGAAAGACGUUCAGGUUAUGUUGAUCCAGACUGUUGUUUUUUCGUUGGAGAAGACAAUUUUUUGUUUCAAUAUUUUUGCUGUAGAAUGAUUUCAGAUUGCUUAGUUGGAUGUGGCCGAUGCACUGAAAGUUGUUGUGAGAAAUGUGGAAGUUGUUUAUGUAAUUGCAAUGACAAUAACACUGAUAAUAUAGCUCCAGUUGCAGAUAGCAGUUGUUGCAGUGAAUGUUGCGGAAAUGACUGCUGCAAUUGUAAUGACUGUUGUGACUGCGACUGUGGUGAUUGUGACUGUGGAGACUGUGACUGUGGUGAUUGCUGUGACUGUGGUGAUUGUUUUGGUUAAUAAUACAAAAAAUAUAUAUAUAUAUAUUGGCUAUUAUUGAAGUAGGAAUGUGCUUGUUUUUAGAUAACUCAAUUUUUACAAAGCAAAAGUGUAUACUAAUAUUUUAUCAUGUUUUACUAUUUUUGCUAUUGAAGAAUUUUAUAAUAGUUAUACCUCAAUAAAUCUAAGUGUUAAACUUUAAGUGUCUUAAGUAUACAUUGUUAAAAGCUUAUUAUAACUAAUAAUUUUAUUUAGAUAUUUUUAGUAUUAUUUAAAAGAAUGCUAGUUCUCAUAUACUUAUGAUAUAAAACUAAUUAUAUUUUUAUAUCUAUUGUAUAACACAAUACUAAAAAUUCUUAAAGUGCCAAUUUAAUCGAAUUUAUUUAACUAAUUAUGAGGAAAUAAUUUAAAAUAUUGAUAAGUAUCUUAGUAUUAAAACAAUUUAUUAUGUAAUUAAUUUGAAUGGUUUAAAACAUAGAAAUUAAAACAGUGGUUCUUGUCAGCAAUCCUCACACUAUUUUUGUAGAGAUUUUUAAU